CCCACCGACAGACCGUGAAUCCUCCCCGGAGAACAGUCGCUCCUCUCCGGCUUGAAUACCGCAGGAUCCCCGCUGUGUGGAACCUUUCUCUGGAUCUUUUUCCCUGGAUCUUUUUUUCCUUUCCCGGCGGUUAUUGCUCUGUUCUGCGGGGCUUCGGGUUAUGCAGCCCGGCCUGUGAGAGCCUGUUUUGGGGGGUUUUGAUCCGGAGGUGUGGGGGUCGCUUUGCAGCCCCAGGCCCUGCUUCUGCUUUGUUAUCCUGGGCUUCAGUUAGCAUCUCCUCAUCGUGUUUUCCAGGCUUUUCUUCCAGCAUGAAGCCCCUUUCCUGGAGACCCCCUCACAUGGGGACAAUCAGGAUUUAAAGCCCCCUUAAUUGAUAUUUUUCUGCAUCAACUCAAUCCAGAGAACAUCCUAUUUUUGUGUGCAUCUUAUAGACCUCUAUCUCCCCCUUUUAUUCCUGCCUCCCCCUCCUCCCCCAUAAUGGCCCCAGCCUGGUUCUCGGGAUGCCUUUUGCUGCUUCUCCUCCCCGCCUCACGGAGCUCUUUCCCCCGCAGCGGAGGUGCAGAAUGCGGCCCCGGGAAGGCCUCCGACUGCCCAGAUCUGUCGGAGAAGAAGAGCGACCUGAGAGUGUGUGACGCCGGGACGUGUCGCUUCGGAGGAAGCUGCCGCGAGAACGGAGCCGACAUCAAGUGUGUGUGCCAGUUCCACUGUAAUAAGAAGUACAUCCCUGUGUGCGGCUCGAACGGAGACACGUAUCAGAACGAGUGUUUCCUCCGGAGAGCGUCCUGUAAGAAGCAGAGGAACAUCAGCAUCCUGUCGGAGGGGCAAUGCUACCACGACGGAGCUUCAGGAUCUGGAGAUGGAGAUGACGAGGGAUCCGGUCACGGUAAAAAAGUCUCAAAAUGUGGAAACUGCAAAUUUGGAGCCGAGUGCGACGAAGACUCUGAGGAUAUGCUGUGCAUGUGUAACAUCGUGUGUAACGGACACAACGAUAACCCGGUGUGCGGCGGCGACGGCGUGACGUACGAAACGCCGUGUCACGUCCGAGAAGCUUCCUGUCUGAAGCAGCUGAAGAUAGACAUCAAACACGUGGGGAGGUGCCAAGAUAAAAACAGGAAGGACGACAGCAUGAAGACCAAACCAGACGUCUACAGUGUGUCUAAGCCAGGUGAGGACGAGGGUUUCGAGGAUCCCCCCAGCCCCUGCCCCGAAGACUACAGCCAGUUCUGUGAGAACGGGGAGUGUGAGAUGAGACACAACCUGCCCACCUGCAGGUGUGAGGCAGCGUACGGUGGUCCUCAGUGUGAUCAGCUGUUAGACUUCAACAUCCUGUACGUGGUCCCCAGUGGUCAGAAGCUGCAUUACGUCCUGAUCGCUGCCAUCAUCGGAGCCGUGCAGAUCGCCGUCAUCGUGGCCGUCGUCAUGUGCUUCACCAGGCGGUGUAAUAAAUCGAAGCGUGGCCGAAGACAGAAGCAACAUCUCAGCCAUUUUCAGUCGGGAACGUCCUCCCGGAUGAUGUAGCCCGUCCUCCAAUAUCAUGUUUUUACAAAAUACCAGGAUUUUUCGUACCACAGACUGACUGCUUUUUUGAUACCUCGACUUUUUGGUGCCUCUUAUUUUUUCCCUUUUUUAAAGUAUUUUUUGAAUUCCUUAAGGGGCCUUAUUUUGAAAUGUUUCUCCAUGUUUUUUUAUUUUUUAUUAUCGCUGUCUGCAGAGGUUUUUAUUUUGGGAAACACUGUGGAUCCUCCGGCAGGAACUUUAUUUAUCUGAUUGUAUCUCUGGACGGUCCAGUUCUGACCCAGUGCGACGCAGGAUCAGAACUGGACCGUCCAGUUCUGACCCUGUGCGACGCAGGAUCAGAACUGGACCGUCCAGUUCUGAUCCAGUGCGACGCAGGAUCAGCACUGGACCGUCCAGUUCUGAUCCAGUGCGACGCACAGACGCAGGAUGUCCUCAUGCUUUCAUUUGGAAGGAAUGCAGAAAAAGUCUUCAUUUAAAUAACGACUGAAUUCAAAUCUAGCUGAUACAAUACAUUAAAAAUACAGUUUUAAGUCAGAAAUAUAGAAUCUGUGCAUCUGAAAAUGAUCAACCAAGUAAUAUAUGUUGUAUAUUAUAAACACAUUAGGUAUUAACUAGUGGUUUAUUUAAAAAAAAAAAGGGAUUUUAAUUAAUAACAUCAUUAUCUUAUUGCUUCUAUAGUUAGAAAUAACCUUUAAAAUGCUGAAUAAACCCACAGAUAAGCUACAUUUCUCUAAAUAACGACUUAUUUCUCCUGUUUACGUUGUGUAAUAACGCCUUCCACCACAAGGGGGCGAUGUUGUGUGUCUCUGCGUCUCACAGGGUGGAAAAUAAUCCCGUUAUUUUACGUUGUGUUUUUGUUACGAUGAGACGCACCUAAAAACCAAAAUGCUGUUUUUUCUACCGCUCCAUUCCGGAAAUGGAUCCCAAUGCUGUUGCUGUUGUUGUUGUUGUUGUUGUUGUUGUUGUUGUGAUAAUUUAACAGUUUUAUUUGGUCAGUUUCUGCUUUUUUUGAUAUAUAAUUUGUAACGAUGGUACGAAGUGUCCGUGUGUUUGUGGUAGUGAACUGGACUGGGGUCAGAUCUAAGGUCCAGAUGUUUAGAUGUACUGCAUGAGCCGUGAUGUUAGCAAUGUUCUGUAGAGGAAGUAGAAUUAAAUUAUGUUUCAAACA